CUUCUGUCACAGUUCUCUUAGGCUUCUCGAGGAGGAGGGUAGUACAAGAGAGAAAGGGCGGAGAGUGUGGGGGGUCCCACCAACCAAUACCCUCGCUGGGGAUUGUGUCUCUUCUGCUAUCUCGAGUAUCCUAUCUCGCCAGCGCCAAACUCGCGUUAUGGAACCCCCCUCCAGCUCUGGCUUCUAUGUGAGCCGUGCGGUGGCCCUGCUGCUGGCUGGGCUGGCUGCCGCACUCCUGCUGGCGCUGGCAGUGUUAGCUUCUCUGUAUGGCCACAGAGCGCGUGUCCCGCCGUCGGAUCGGCGUAGCCUAGAGGUCCCAAACGCCGCGUCCUUCUCUCCCCUCGGGCAGGAGGGGCCAUCGUCAACGCAGGAACCCGUCCCUACAAGUGAGCCUCAGGUGACAGCCACCUCGCAAGACUGGCGACCUCCGGGCCCCUGGGACCAACUGCGCCUGCCACCCUGGCUGGUGCCGCUUCACUAUGAUCUGGAACUGUGGCCCCGGCUGCAGCCCGAUAAGCUCUCCGUGCAGUUGUUGCGAUUCAGUGGUCGAGUGAACAUCACGGUGCGCUGCGCGGUGUCCACUAAGAGACUGCUGCUGCACAGCCUCUUCUUGGACUACGAUCGCGCUGAAGUGCGGGGUCCCCUGUCCCCAGGCACUAGGAAUGACACCGUGGGCCGCGUGCCGGUGCAUGACGUGUGGUUUGCUAUGGACACUCAAUAUGUUGUGCUGGAACUCGGUGAAGCUCUACAGUCUGGUAGCCUCUAUGAACUGCACCUCAGCUUCUCUGGCCCAAUAUUCCAGGAAGUCAGGGAGGGACUCUUCCUCAACACGUACACCGACCAGGGCGAGCGCAGGGCCCUCUUAGCAUCUCAGAUGGAACCAACAUUUGCCAGGAGUGUUUUUCCUUGUUUUGAUGAGCCAGCUUUGAAGGCAACUUUUAAUAUUACAAUUAUUCAUCAUCCAAGAUAUGUGGCCCUUUCCAACAUGCCACAGCGAGGUCAGUCUGAAAAAGAAGAUGUGAAUGGAAGCAAAUGGACUGUUACCACUUUUUACACCACACCCCACAUGCCAACCUACUUGGUCGCACUUGCCAUAUGUGAUUAUGACCAUGUCAGCAGAACAGAAAGGGGCAAGGAGAUACACAUCUGGGCCCGGAAAGAUGCCAUUGCAAAUGGAAACGCAGACUUUGCUUUGAACAUUACAGGUCCCAUCUUCUCAUUUCUGGAGGAUUUAUUUAAUAUCAGUUAUCCUCUUCCCAAAACAGAUUUAAUUGCGUUGCCUGUUUUUGACAACCGUGCAAUGGAAAAUUGGGGACUACUGAUGUUUGAUGAAUCAUUAUUGUUGCUGCUACCAAGUGAUCAACUGACCGAGAAAAAGACUCUGAUCUCCUACAUUCUCUCCCAUGAGAUUGGACACCAGUGGUUUGGAAACUUGGUUACCAUGAAUUGGUGGAACAAUAUCUGGCUCAAUGAGGGUUUUGCAUCUUAUUUUGAGUUUGGAAUAAUUAACUACUUCAAUCCUAAACUUCCAAGAAAUGAGGUCUUUUUUUCUAACUUUUUACAUGGUGUCCUCAAAGAAGAUCAUGCCCUGGUGUCUAGAGCUGUAUCCAUGAAGGUGGAAAAUUUCACAGAAACAAGUGACAUAAAUGAGCUCUUUGACUUAUUUACGUACAACAAGGGAGCAUCUAUGGCCCGGAUGCUUUCCAGUUUCCUGAAUGAGCAUUUAUUUAUCAAUGCACUUAAGUCAUAUUUGAAGAUGUUUUCUUACUCAAAUGCUGAGCAAGAUGAUCUAUGGAGGCAUUUUCAAAUGGCCAUAGAUAACCAGAGUGAGAUCCUUUUGCCAGCAACAGUAAAAACCAUAAUGGACAGCUGGACACACCGGGGUGGUUUUCCAGUCGUCACUUUGAAUGUGUCUACUGGUUUCAUGAAACAGGAACCAUUUUAUCUUGGAAAGGCUGAAAAUCAGACUCUUCAAGCUCACAAUGACACAUGGAUUGUCCCUAUUCUUUGGAUAAAAAAUGGAGCUCCACAAUCUUUAGUCUGGCUAGACAAAAGCAGCAAAGUAUUCCCUGAAAUGCAAGUUUCAGAUUCUGACCAAGACUGGGUGAUUUUAAAUUUGAAUAUGACUGGCUAUUAUAGAGUUAAUUAUGAUAAAUUAGGUUGGAAAAAAUUAAGUCAACAGCUUGUGAAGGACCCUAAGGCCAUUCCUGUUAUUCACAGACUGCAGUUGAUUGACGAUGCUUUUUCCUUGUCUAAAAGCAAUUAUAUUGAGAUUGAAACAGCACUUGAUUUAACCAAGUACCUUGCUGAAGAAGAUGAAAUCAUAGUAUGGUAUGAAGUCUUGGUAAACUUGAUAACCAGGGAUCUUGUUUCUGAUGUGAACGACUAUGAUACAUACCCAUUAUUAAAGAAGUAUUUAUUAAAAAGGCUUAACUCAAUAUGGAAUAUUUAUUCAACAAUAAUUCGUGAAAAUGUAGCAGCUUUGCAAGAUGACUAUUUGGCUCUAAUAUCACUGGAAAAAGUUUUUGGAGCUGCAUGUUGGUUGGGUCUUGAAGACUGUCUCCAGCUGUCAAGAGAACUCUUCAGAAAAUGGAUGAACCAUCCAGAGAACGAAAUACCUUAUCCAAUUAAAAAUGUGAUUUUAUGUUAUGGCGUUGCCUUGGGAAGUGAUAAAGAAUGGGACUUUUUGUUAAAUGUCUACAUUAAUACAACAAAGGAGGAGGAAAGGAUCCAACUUGCUUAUGCAAUGAGCUGCAGUAAAGACCCAUGGAUACUUAACAGAUAUAUGGAGUAUGCCAUCACUACAUCUCCAUUCACUUUUAAUGAAACAAAUGUAAUGGAAGCUGUGGCAGCAUCUGAAGUUGGCCGGUACAUAGCAAAGGAUUUCUUAAUCAACAAUUGGCAAGCUGUGAUUGAAAGGUAUGGAACACAGUCACUGGUUACUCUAAUGUACGUAAUUGGAAGAACCAUAAGUACAGAUCUACAGAUCAUGGAGCUGCAGCAGUUUUUCAGUAACAUGUUGGAGGAGCACCAGAGGAUCACAGUUCAUGCCAAAUUACAGACAAUAAAGAAUGAAAAUCUGAAAAACAAAAAGCGAAAUGCCAGGAUAGCUCAAUGGCUUCGGAAAAACACAUAGUUCAUGGCGACUCUUAAGCAUGCCUCUCACAUAUAAUCUUAUUUGAUCACAGUUUUGAUUUCCAAUACUUUGUGAGUUUGGAAAAUCAAAUGUUAUUUGUAUUUUGGUCACACCCACUAUUCAGAGUCCUAUUCCUCCUAUGUUGUCAUGUUUGGCCCCAAGGCUCUGUGAAUGCGGAGGAUUCUGUGAACCCUGCUGUAUUUCUGGGGAAAGUUUUACUUCAUGUUGGGCAAUAAACCCACAGAAUUUACUUUAAACGCCUUGUAAAAACAAAUUUACCUAAGAAAGUCUUGCUUAUUGUGUUGUGAAAGCCAAUGGAAUAUUAAAUCAUUGGCAUUAAUGAAGAGCACAUUCUUUUCUGAGGGAAAUACAGAUUUGCAAUACCCUAGGGUUUAUUUAGUCCAACAUUGAAAGAAUAAUGAGAACAUAAUAUGACAGUGUAAAAAAACAGAAACCAGAAAAAUCAUAUCAACUAGAGGACAGAGAAGCCAGAGAGAAGCAAGUUUGAAAAAGGAAGAGCAGACAUUUUUUACAAGCCAUACUAAGUGUCCUGAGGGCAGAGAAAUGGGCCUGCUCCUGCCCAUUUCUCCCUCCCACAGUACUAAGUACCUUAACCCACACUUUGCUAGUACUGAACUUUAUGAUGUCACAAAAAGACAAGUGAUUGUAAGAUCCACGAAGUGCUCUUAGGAUUCCCCUUGUGGUGGCCACAGGAGAGGAAGGCCCUGCCCUGCAGCUCUUGCAUGUCACUUGCCUGUGGAACCAAUACUCCAUCAGCCAAAGCUUGUGAGUGAAAAUAAUGAUAUCAGAAGACAGUGGCAGCCUUCAAAUCUGAAGGGAAACCUUCAAAUGAAGAGAAAUCGGACUAAAAGUGAAACCAGAGCAUAGUUCUUAGUUUUGCACUCAGGGGAAUAAGUCUGAAAUGUGGUUUUAUUUGGCCACAUUGAAUGUGGACCAACUGAAACAUUUUUAUCAUUCUCGUGUGGAAUUAGCUUAGUUUUGUUGCACCUGAUUAAAAAUAUGACAACUAAGCCAAAACAUUCCCAUUCUAGACUUUGUUUGUAUACAAUUUAAUCCCUGUUUUUUUUUUUCUUUACAUUUUACGUUUUUGUAAAAUGGGGGCUAAAAACCUACAGAUCUCCUAUCUACCUCAGAGAAGUCUUUAACAAUGUUAUAUAAACUCAAGGCAAUGUGAUCUAAGGCUUUUCCCCCUAUUUCUUAUGUAAGUUAAGAUAGCCACAAACUACGAUGCAGUACCAAAGUUCACUUUUGAUUUGCUUCACCAGAGGAUGUUCCCUUAGCAUUGAUGGGAGGCUGUGGACUUCAGCAUGUGGACAAACCAAAGCAUAGUCUCCUCAGACCUGACCAUGGGUCAGAGGUCAGAGAGGUUUUCUUUAAAGCCAGCCUUGUAAAUUUUAAGCAAUAAAAUAUCUCCAUGACUUCAAAUUGUUAUAUGUAAGAGGUUUUUGUUUCUUCUGAAACAUUCAUUGUCUAUUUCCAUAUUUCCUCUGAUAAUCAACCUCACUUUUCAGUAACCUUAUCUUCACAUUUCCUCUCAACUGCUUUUCUUUCCCCCCCUCUUUCUCUCCAUUUCUACUCCUUCAUUUCCUUUCUCAUGCUCCCCUGUGGACCUUUCUCACCCUUCCAGUGAUCUCUGCCUUCUGUCUGCAUGG